CAAAGCAAGUACAAAGUCCCAGCCUAUAAGAUUACACACAGCACCGACUUCGAUAUGCUCCACUAUCGUAAUUCGGUUGACGCUGUGCCGCCUUCGCGUCCAAACUAUCUAAAGAUUGAAAUAACACUCACCGGCAUUGAAUCGGCUGCCUGUGUCGAUCUGGAUGUUACUUCGAAAAAACUGCAUCUCCAGAGCGAGAAGCCGGUCGCUUACCAACUAGAUUUAGAUCUGCCCUUUGAGGUUGAUCACGAAAAAGGAAGUGCAAAAUUCAACAAGGCUGGAAAUCGGCUUCUCCUUACCCUACCAGUUCUCCCAUUGGAGACUUCUAAGAGUGAAACUGAAGUACUCGGGAAUAAUGGCACCCUGACCCCGGACUUUCAACUUUGUCAGUCUGCGCAGUCUACUGAAGACUCCAAUUCUGGGGACAAAGGUCUAAUUGAAGAAUUGCCGGAUUUUGCCAAAACAGCUGUUAAAACCUCCACGACAGACCAGUCAAAUUUGAAAAAAAGACGAAAAAGGAAAAACCGAAAGAAGAAAGCUUCUGUAGACGUUAACCCUGAACAGACUUUGUCAAGUUCUGAAGAUACAGAGGAUGUCAAACCUCAAAAUGUGCCAAACCCAAAGACGCUCAAUCUCUCGAUGGCAGGAGUCCCGACUUCGCACGUACUUAAGGUGGAGCAAGUUCCCCCAGAAAAUUUAACCGUACCGAAGUCUUAG